CAUACGUGACAAAUUGUGACGGUCAUGGCACUAAGAUAUGUGAUGGCAAGGAAGCAAUCUGCGCCGGUGGCACACUAUUGGAUUGUGAGGUAGAUGACGGCCAGUGGGCUUGUGCUCAUAUAAAAAGAACCGACGCUGCUGAUGGUUACAUCGCAACCAACCAAGCUUCAUGUUUUGCAUACACAGGUUAUGAAAAUAACA